AUGGCUUCAAAAGCACCCUCUCCUCACACUCUCGAUCCCUCUCCAGGCACUGCCCGUGUGCAGGUGAAGCAGUCUCCUCUUCUGAACCUCCAAUCCAGCGCGGUGAUUCACAUCACGAACUCCAAUGGCACAACUCGCACCCACCAGCCAUCUACACUAGAUUUGAAAAGCGAGAUCCUUGCUGGACUAAGGUCUCCUUCUCCUUCUCUUCCGUCCCUCCUCCUCUGGGGGGACAACGGCAUCCGUCACUUCAAUAAUCUCACUCUUCAUCCAAACUAUUACCCCAGUCGCACCGAACUGGCCAUGAUCACGCAGUAUGCUGAAGCGUUCGCCUCCAUGACGCCUGCUGGUGGCAUUUUACUCGAAUUGGGUUGCGGAAACCUCCACAAAACAAGCAUUAUUCUUUCAGCCUUUCACCAUCUUCGCCGUCCAAUUAAUUACUAUGCACUCGAUGUCUCCGAGGCUGAACUCCACUCAAGCGUCAAGAUGCUACGUCAAGAUUUCGCCCACUCGCAGUUCAUCUCCAUCAAUGGUCUGUACGGUACCUAUGACGACUGCGGAGCGUGGCUGCUCUCCCUGUCAACAUCUUCACCGCCUUACGGUCUUCCCAACCUAGUCGCAGGCCAGGUAAUCUCCUUCCUGUGGAUAGGCAACAGUAUCGCCAACAUGCAUCCCUCGGAAGCCACAGAAAUGCUUUGCAAGUUCCAGAACGCCUGUUCGGCAUCUCAACUUCAAUGCCAAUUCCUCAUUGGCAGCGACGCAUGCGACGACCCCGCCGCAGUACUGAAAGCAUAUAACCCUAGCAACCAGGUAUUCAACGAUUUCAUCCUUAGCGGGCUGGAUUAUGCGAACGACAUCCUGGGAGGUAAGGUUUUCCGUAGAGAGGACUUCCAAGUCGAGAGCAAGUUCGACAGUACCAAACGUCUCUUAAGCACAUACUAUGUCACUAAUAAGCGAGUUGAGCUUGAUUGGGAUAACCAUGCUUGCCGCGACUCUGCCCGCCGAUUUUUGGAAAAAGGAGAGAGAGUAUGCAUCAUAUUUAGCUAUAAGUGGUCGGUCGAGGGCUUUUCGCGUAUUUGCGAGAAUGCCGGGAUGCAGAUCGCGCGAAGGUGGACCGACAAGACAAUCGAUUACAGUAAUCCCUAA